AUGUUUUUCCGAAAUCUCUAAUUGCGCAACGCACGCACAGUGGUCAAAACUAAAAUGAAUCGUUUUUUACUUAACAUUUCCUAUAUUGGCACAAAUUUCCGUACAAAUAUUGUUAGUGGUAUUCAAAAAACAUUUAAUAAAGCAGACGAAGCACGCGUGGACACCAAAACUAUUCAAGGUUGUAUCGAGCUGGGCCUUCGCGCGCUUCAUCCCAUCAACGAAAUCCAAACAGUGCUUUCUAGUCGCACCGAUGCUGGUGUGCAUGCGUUGCACUCGACUCUUCAUGUUGACCUGCAACGCCGGAACUCGGAGCCAUUCGAUCCAACUACAAUAACAUGUGUUUUAAAUAGUCUGUUGCAUAAAAAUGGACUCCCUAUACGUGUGCUUAGCACCCAGCAAGUACCGGAGAAUUUUCACUGCCGCUAUAAUGCUCUAGGGCGAACAUAUUUGUAUCGUUUUGCGGUGGCUAAGGGCAGCAACCGUUGUGCUAAUCCAUUAAAGAAUCACAACUUUUACGCAUUUCUGCCUGUUGAAGAAAUAGAUCGAUGCUUCUUCCUUCAAAAUAGCAACUUCGAUAUCGAACGUUUGCGCUCUGGAACUCGUAUGUUUCUUGGACUGCAUAAUUUUCGCACCUUUAUGAACGUCAGUCGACAACAUAGUCCUACACGUGACCAUCCUAGGUACACACUGCGCGUAAUCGAUGAAAUAAACGUUAAGCCUGGAAAGUCCGUGGCGAUUGGAGCCAAUGCCGAAAAAUCUGAGAGUUUGUACCACUACUGGGAUAUUGAGUUUAAGGCAAAGUCCUUUCUUUAUAAGCAAGUGCGUCGCAUGGUUGGUGCCUUACUUGCGUUGGCUACCGGACGAAUCGAUGAACGUUCUAUUUAUGAAAUGCUAACGAUCCCAUCGAAAAACUCCUGGGAUAAUCGUGUGCUUCUAUCGCCUCCUUAUGGACUCUACCUCUGCCGCGUGCAUUAUAACGAAAAAGAUUUGGAACUGCCAAAAAAUACAAACAAAAAUGAGCUUUCUACAGCAGCUUCAGAACAAACGCUCGGGUCUUAAACCCACUACAACCA